AUGAACCCGAUAGAAAGAGCGUCACAUCCAUCUCGUGCUCAAAUUUCUACUCUUUUGGACUUUUUUAAAAAACAUCCAAGUUUGUCAAAAGGAUUUUCAAGAGUGCCUAGUGCAAGAGAUGCCGCUCGGAAAAUGUGGGAGAAAAUCACCCUACAAUUAAAUAGUUUGGAAGGCUGUGUUAAAUCUACGAAGCAAUGGAUAAAGUAUUGGGCCGAUAAAAAAAGUGCAGUAAAGAAAAAAGCGGCUUUACGGUUUCGUGCAAAAAAUAAGACUGGUGGUCGAGCAGAGGUUGUAGAAUUAACAGACCUAGAGGAAAGGAUUUUGACCUUAAUGGGUGGUGAAAGUUUUGCCAUAGGUAAUAGGCAAAUAGAAAUUAACCCUUUUGAAAAUACAAAUCAGGAUAGAUUAGAUUCUCAUACUGAUAGCAGUCCAUCAUUGCUGGCCAAACAAUUAUCUAUUGGUUUGGAUGCAGCCACACCAAACACAACAGAACAAGAUUCUUCAACAAAUGUUGUAUUAACGGCAUCAGAUAUUAUCAAUAUUCCUACAAUAGAGACACCACAGCAACCCAGACUUGAAUGUGUUCCUGGGACAUCGCAUUUGUCUUCAAGCUCAAGUGAAGUGCACAUAGUGUAUUUUCAGGAACAAGAUUCUUCAACAAAUGUUGUAUUAAAGGAAGGAGAUAUUAUUAAUAUUCCUACAAUAGAGACAUCACAGCAACCCAGACUUGAAUGUGUUCCUGUGACAUCGCAUUUGUCUUCAAGCUCAAGUGAAGUGCACAUAGUGUCUCAAUGCCCCAUGUCAAGAGCACAUGCUGUGCCCAGCACCCCUCCAAGAGUUGGUUCGCCAGUAAGUUCAAUGCCUACAAAACCUUCUGGAUCAGGCAGACACCCACAGCAAGGUCAUUACUCUGAAUGUUCUGUACAUCGAAUAUAUACAAAAAUGGAAGGAAAUACUUCUCACAAAGAAAAUCUUGAUCCAGUUACUCCAAUGCAAGAUCCUGUGAUAUCAACUAAUCCUGUAGUUAUAAAGAAAAGGGCUGAAAUGUUUUUAGCGUAA